GACAGCUUCUAUCAGGCUCAAAGCGGAGGUAAAAUUGUGUCAUGUAUUGCUGGAACAAAAAUCCAAAAUCUUUGUAAAGUGGCGAAUGAUGUGCUAUGUUCCCAAAUAAAUAAAUUAACAUUAAACUUCAUGGAUAAUGCUGAAAGAAUCCUUUUUGCCAUGUUCGAUGUCUGUAACAAUAACGAACUGUUACGAGCAUCAUGGUCGACUUCACCAAACGUUUCUCAUUUGCUGGCUUACAUUUUGGAAUUUGCUGAACAAUUUUUGGAUUAUAUAUCCUCGCUGGCAGCUUUGGACAUUGAAAUUGAGUUGGAAUUGGGUUGGGUUGAUUUUGAGGCUGAUGAAUUUGUUGUGAUGGACAGCGUGCGUACAAGAAAGAAAAGGCGACAAGUGGGACAACAUUGA